AUGGCUCUCCCCGCCUGGAACCUGCUCAAAGGCAAAACGGCUGCUAUCACUGGCGGUACCACUGGAAUUGGCCGCGCGAUAGUUUUGGGAUAUAUCUCUCAAGGAUGCAAUGUCGCCGUCAACCACUUGGGCCUGGCCCAGGAUGAAUCUCUUCGCCACAGUCUCCUCGAGGAAGUUAAAGUAAUUGAAGAGAACGUCACCGAUGCAGGCAAGAUCUUGGAAAUCCCCGGUGAUGUGACCUCCCCCGAGACCAGCACCAACCUGGUCAAGGAAGCAGCGUCUCAAUGGGGAAAGCUGGACAUUUUUGUUGCCAACGCGGGAGUGUUUAAGCAAGCGGAAAUCCUCAAAAUCACGCCAUCUCUUCUCAACCACAGCAUCGAUGUCAACGUCAAGGGUUGUUUCUAUUCCUGCCAAGCCGCAGCUCGCCAGAUGGUGAAGCAAGGGUACGGUGGUUCAAUCAUUGGAGUCUCUUCUGUCAGUGCUCUCCUCGGUGGUGGUCUCCAGACACAUUACACCCCAACGAAGGCCGCAAUUCUCUCCAUGAUGCAGUCCAUGGCAAUUGCACUGGGCAAGGAUCAAAUCCGAUGCAAUGCGCUAAUGCCCGGUACCAUUGCCACCCAGCUGGCAGACCAUGACAUGAAGAAUCCUGACAAGAAGGCUGCUCUCGAAGAGCGCAUUCCCCUUGGUCGCAUUGGUAGCCCGGAUGAUAUGGUAGGCCCGGCAGUGUUUCUAGCGUGCGAGGAAAUGAGUCGGUAUGUGAACGGCACGGGGUUGUUGGCGGACGGAGGCAUGUAUAGUAAACUGCAAUAA